CACGUUCGUCAGCUCACCGAAAUGGGGUUCCCUGAAGACCAGGUCACGGCCGCUCUCCGUGCUGCAAUGGGAAACCCGGAUGUUGCUGUGGAGUUUCUCAUGACAGGCAUUCCUGAUAACAUUCAGGCGGGUGCUGCACCUACCGGAGCCAUGGAAACUUUAGAAGACUUUCGUGGUCACCCCCAAUUCAAUGAGCUGAAGCGCUUGGUGCAGCGUGACCCGACACAGCUGUCGAGCAUCCUGCAGAUGAUCGGGCGACAGAGCCCGAACCUUCUCGCUCGCAUCCACGAAAACCAGGGAGAUUUCAUUGCACUCAUGAAUGAGCCCAUCGAUGAGUCUGCCACCCCUGCAGCGGUUGCGGGAAAUGCAGGCGGCAUGGGUGGCUUUGGCUCUAUGAUGGGGUGAGUAAGAUCACUACGAGAACGGCGUGUUGAACAGCAGCAUUGAUGUAUUUCGGUUCAGCCACACUACUGAAGCAACGAAAUGGUGUGGUGCAGAAGCCCGCUAUACCAGCACGUGAUGCGGUGUUGUAUUGUGACAUGUGCCCGGGCUGGAUGUGGGAACAAUCGUGUUGGCGUAGCCACCAGUGUUGUUUUCAUGAGGUUCAUUUUUUAGAGUGUGUGUUGGCAGAGCUGUUUCGGCAAUUGGUCGCAAGCUGAAUAAUUGUAUCAGGGCAUGUAUAUUCAACGUUAUUCCAAUGGCAACCCAGCAUCUCUAUUGGGCUAUGACGCCUAGUUUUCCUCUGCCGUUUCGGGCUCAUUCUCUUUGAAGUUGCGCACCCUCUCCUUGUGAGUGAGACGUAGCGCACUCAAAUCCCCUGUUAGAUAUCCCGAAUGCCCGCGACCCCGCGUUUCAUGUCCGAACGAAGUGCUUUGCCGUAGUAAUGAUUCUUGGAUGAUUCGUAUUCAAAAGGCAGACAUGAUGUAGCUCGAUGGUGGGGAUGUGUAUGCUGCCCAUUCUUGAAAAGUUUUUGUUGUGCCUUUUCGUUGUGUC